GGCUCAGCCAGGCGAUCUGCCUCAGUCGCUGAGCAGGUCGGUGAAUUGUCAGAGCGCUCGGGGCGGCUGCUGAGCCUGGGCGGCCGCCGGGCUUCUGCUCCCUCUGAGGUGCUUGCCCGAGCCAAUGUGCCCGGGUCAGCUAAGGCGAGAGCAGUCGCCGGUUCGGGGCAACUUGGGAUUCAGGACCCGCAGCAGGGGCGUCGGAUUGCGAUCGGGACUCGGCGAGGAGGAUGGAAAUCCUGUAUGAAUGUGGAAGCCAUUAGCAGAGUAAUUGCUGUCUGUUACCAUGACAACCAGCCGCUGCAGUCACCUGCCCGAAGUGCUGCCAGACUGCACCAGCUCGGCUGCGCCCGUGGUGAAGACCGUGGAGGAUUGUGGCAGCCUAGUGAAUGGGCAGCCACAGUAUGUCAUGCAAGUUUCAGCCAAGGACGGGCAGCUGCUGUCAACAGUAGUGCGGACUCUUGCCACCCAGAGCCCCUUCAAUGACCGGCCAAUGUGCAGGAUCUGCCACGAGGGCAGCAGCCAAGAGGACUUGCUCUCUCCAUGUGAAUGUACGGGCACCUUGGGGACAAUUCACCGGAGCUGCCUGGAGCACUGGCUGUCGUCCUCAAACACCAGCUACUGUGAACUCUGCCACUUCAGGUUUGCAGUCGAGCGCAAACCCAGGCCGUUAGUGGAGUGGCUCAGAAACCCAGGCCCCCAGCAUGAGAAGCGGACUCUGUUUGGAGACAUGGUGUGCUUCUUGUUCAUAACUCCCCUGGCCACCAUCUCGGGCUGGCUCUGCCUGCGGGGCGCCGUGGACCACCUGCACUUUAGUAGUCGGCUCGAAGCCGUCGGACUGAUUGCACUCACUGUCGCACUCUUCACUAUUUACCUCUUUUGGACACUAUUUAUAUGUGGGACGCCUACCACAGCAUGGCUGCCAAGCAGUGCCAUGUCCACACCCGGGAUCCGAACCAGCGAACCCCGGGCCGCCGAGAAGCGGAACGUGCGAACUUAACCGCUGCGCCACCGGGCCGGACCCUGACAGCUCUUUAACGUCGUGGGUGAAGGGCCCCUCAAUUUGCAAUCCAGCUUUUCUGUAGUAUUUCCAGAUUCCAGACUUCUUGUACUGCCAGAGCUCUUCAUUAGUAAUUGUCUAUGUUCUACCUCUUCCUACCCUCGGCCCUGAACAGCAGGCUCUCCAACCUGCUGCUCUUACAUUCAUGAGUAGCACCAAGCAGCAGCAGGACAGAAUAGAUAUAAGAGAAUCAAGCUUAAAAAAAAAGAAAAGAAAAAAACCCUGAUCCACUUCAGCGUGUUCAGGGCCUUUUGGAGAAAAGCACAUCUGCGUGAGUUUAAAAGCUUGUAUUUUCAUACCCAGAUCUCUCUAGCACUCAGCCAUUGGCAUCUGCUUUCUAGCCUCAGAAAUUUGAGUGAGCAGCCUUGAAUUUUAUGAUCUGGCCCUGAAGACUAACAACCGCUUUCUGAUCAAGGGCCUACACUCUUCUCCAUUUCUAGAAACACUGAGCCCAAAUCCCUGGACAGCCUACUCUCUGACCACCGUGGACCUUGUACUGGGAUCAACACACCCCACUCACCCCAGAUGGUUAAACAGCCCUUAACUGGAUAAUUUGUCACCCUAAGCUCAUGGGCACCUUCCCUCCCAGCACUUACCU